AUGACUGCAGGACCAAACGUUUUACUCGAGCAUGGCGUGUUCGAAUCCCUUUGCGAUUUGGCCGAUAUUUGUGCUCUUGAAAGACUGCCGACAAGGCGUAGUGCAUGCACGGUAGUUAGUGGUCAGUGCGAUGACGGCGGUGGCGGUGAGCUCAACAGACACGCGCAGGAUCGAAGGGCCUCAUCUUUAAUCUUAGUUUUGCAUGAUGUGGGGUAA